ACGUAUUGGACGCUAAGUUACCUAUUUCAAUACACCACACAACCAACCCCUCCAACGUCUUUUUUUCAACUCUCUCACAGCAUCACAACUUCUUCGACAAAAACUACAUAUACACAAAAUCAACUAAAACCAACAAUGUCCGCCCAAGAUAAGGCUCAACAAUACCUUGGCCAGCUCGACCGUGAGCUCUCCAAGUACCCCGCCCUCAACAACCUCGAGAAGCAGGCUGGUGUUCCCAAGGCCUAUGCCGCCAUCGGUGUCGGCGCUCUCUACUUCUUCCUCAUUAUCUUCAACCUCGGAGGCCAGCUUCUGACCAACUUGGCUGGUUUCGUCAUUCCCGGCUACUACUCUCUCGGUGCUCUCUUCAGCCACAACAAGGAGGAUGAUACUCAGUGGUUGACUUAUUGGGUCGUCUUCUCUCUUUUCACCGUGAUUGAAAGCUUCGUCCAGGUUGUCUACUGGUUCCCCUUCUACUUCGUCUUCAAGUUUAUCUUCCUCCUCUGGCUCUCUCUCCCUGCCUUCCGCGGUGCUGAGCUCAUCUUCCGAUCUUUCCUGGCCCCUACCCUCGGCCGAUACUUCCAGCAGACCGGCUCGACUGCUUCUGGCCUCCGUGCCAAGGCUGACGGCCUCGACAAGACCGAGUAAACGGUCUGCGAGGUUCAGCUUGAUCGCUAAGCUAACUCUUGCGAUUUAUCGCAUGCCCCGGAUCAAGCAAUUUCGGUACUAGGGGA